AUGAACCCGAAUUUCCAGAUGGCCAACGCGAAGACACGAAGCGUAGGCUGUGCACUGGAGUUCUGUAAUGAAACUGGGACAAAUGACGAAUAUUAUGCUUUUUAUUGUGUGUACAACGAGAAAGUUUUGGAUGGCCAACCUCUCUAUAAAGAUGGAUUACCAUGCUCCAAAUGUUCCAAGGGCUACCUAUGUGACGAUGAGAAAAAGCUCUGCAAGGUGAUAGAUGGGCGAACUAGCCUCUUGCUUCGGGUGGAACAUAGUGCAAUGGAAUGGCUUGACUUUCUGUUCACGAAUCUCGUAUCCUUUGGGCUGGAACGUGUAAAGCAACCAGCACAACAUCGCUAG